AAUUCACAACUGCCGGAGGCACUCUACCGAAAGGGAAGGUCUGUGUCAGUUUCGUGAGCUGAGAUUCGCGCUGAAAGGGAAAUAAACAAAGUUCGUAAACUCAAUAGUCGAUUUCGUGUAGGUACCAGUCGCCCAGAAAAGACGACGACGAACUCAGUGUACUUUGUUAAGUCAAUCCAAUAUUAAUCGAAUAUUCUGGUGUCAGUCAGCAAAGACGCUGAAGAUGGAGAAUAUAGUGUAGUGAUUCUUCAAUGCCGCUGGAUCUGCUUCUCAAGAUAUAUCUCAAGAAGGAUCAAAAAUAAAAGAAUGACAGCCGGCGGGAUGAUUGCCAAGAUAGUUUGAGCUAAUCAGUAAUGAGAAGGUAUACAUCAUAUGCUGUUAAACAUCAAAAAACAGUGUUUUGAAAGAUCUAGUUCUAUAGAAAGAAGAAAAGCUUGAGGAAACUGAAGUAACUAAAGAAGCCUGUGGACCCUAAAGAGGUCUUUGAUCUUCAUUUGGGUCCGAAGAGUUCCCACUUUGCAAAAUAAUGAGGAAAUACUUUCUACUUAUUGUCCUUUGGUUUGGGAUCCCUGGAUUUUUUUUCCAAGAUUUUGGAGGACCACAAGAAAGAUCUAGAAUACAGUGUCCUAAUAAAUGUAGCUGUUUACUGGAUACGGUCAGGUGUACUCUUCAAAAACUGACGAGGGUGCCUCAGAUUCCAGAUGGUACUGCAGUCCUGGACUUGAGGUUCAACAAUAUCGCUGAAAUACCACCUGGAACUUUUCAAGGUCAAAAAAAAGUACACACCUUAUUAUUGAACGAUAAUCAUCUCAGAAUUUUGAGAAAAGAUGUUUUUAGUGGAAUCCCAAACCUGAGAAUUUUAUACAUAUACAAGAAUCAGAUCGAGAGCAUAGAGCCUGGAGCGUUCAAUAAUUUGCCGAAACUGGAGCAUCUCUAUCUUCAUUACAAUUACUUAACAGAGAUAAGGCCAGGCACGUUUAGCGACUUACCAAUGCUGGACAGACUUUCGCUGCAAAAUAAUGAUAUUCAUCGAAUAGCAUCCGAUGCAUUUCACAAUAUAGGACCCAUGACUCGAUUACAAUUAGAUAGCAAAACUUUGGAAUGUACUUGCGACUUAGUAUGGUUAGUCGAACGUCUUAAAAAAAAUCCUCAGCAAGAAAUGAAUGCUGUUUGUGAUUCGCCAAUAGAAAUGAAGGGAAGACGUUUAACUUCCAUGUCAUCUGAUGAUUUUCAUUGCUCCAAACCGGAAAUCAUGGAAGGUCCUACGGAUGCAAAAACUGACAUCGGAGGAACCAUAAUAUUUACCUGCAGAGUAUCAGGAGAUCCAAGACCGGAUGUAAAAUGGAUGCGAGACUCUAUAGAAGUCGAAGUUGAUGGAGAAAGAUACCAAGUUCGAGAAGAUGGAACCCUGAUAAUUUCCGAUGUGAACGAAGAUGAUACAGGCGAAUAUGAAUGCGUAGCACAUAAUGACAUGGGAUUUACAAAUUCUCGAAAAGCUAGAGCCUUAAUCACAGUCUCAGCCCUAAUUCGUUUCACGGAAAUUCCAUCAUCUCAAACAGUUGAAUCUGGAGUUGAUGUAUUUUUUGCUUGCAGAGCCGAGGGUCAACCAAAUCCAACCAUUGAGUGGUGGAGAAAUGGAAGACAAAUUUCACCUGGAGGUCGCUUCUUGAUUGAAGAUAACGGAAGUGUUUUGAAAAUUAAAGGUGUUAAAAAAAGCGACUCGACAAGAUACGUCUGUCUUGCCAAGAGUUCAGAAGGUCUUUCAGAAACUAGUGCCGAUUUGAAAGUCCUCCAAGAAGAUUUCAGAUCUCCGGAGUUGACUUACGAACCUCAGGAUAUGGAAGUUGAAAAUGGAGCUUCGAUUGAAAUAACUUGCAGGGCUAAAGGAUACCCAAAGCCGGUAAUUCAGUGGAAGAAAGAUGGAAGUGCUUUAGAUAGUAACAGAAAUAUUGCUUUGAACAGAACCAAAAUUAGCAUUUCGAGAGGUGGCAGCCUGUAUCUGUAUAAUGUCUCUGCUCAAGAUGCUGGCAGGUAUGAAUGUUCAGCAAUCAACGAACAUGGUCGUGCUACAGGUCAAGCUCUACUUCGAAUUCGAAAAUCCGAGACAAGCGAUGCGAUUGUUCUUCGAGCUUUUCAAGAAGCCAGGGAUGAAAUAGAUCGAGCGAUUAAUAACACUCUACAAUCACUAUUCGGUGGUUCCAAAAACUCUAACCACUAUAAGGAUCUUUUUAGAAUGUCGAGGUUCCCUCCAGCUGAAGGAAGAGCAGCAGCCCGACCAGCCGAGUUAUUUGAGAGAACCCUUCAGAAUGUACGUCGUCUUGUAAAAGAUGGAGCAGCUGCUAACGUUACUGACCAAUUUAGUUAUGAAGAAUUUCUCUCUCCUGAACAGAUGCAGGAAAUUGAAAGACUCUCAGGUUGCACAGCCCACAGAAGAAAGGACGACUGCACCAACAUGUGUUUCCACAAUCGAUACCGAACCAUCGACGGGAAAUGCAACAAUAUACAAAAUCCAACCUGGGGAUCUUCUUACACCGGUUUCCGCAGAAUUCUAAAACCCAUCUACGAAAACGGUUUCUCAACCCCAGUUGGUUGGAACAAAAAUCGUCUUUACUAUGGUUUCCCAAAACCAGCAGCAAGAUUGGUCUCAACUUCCCUCAUCUCAACCCACAAUAUCACAUCUGAUGAUCAUAUAACACACAUGGUGAUGCAGUGGGGGCAAUUCCUCGAUCACGAUCUAGAUCAUGCCUUACCAGCUGUUUCAAGUGAAACCUGGGACGGUAUCGAUUGCAAAAAAUCUUGUGACAAUGCUCCACCAUGUUUCCCGAUGGAAGUACCACCCGGUGAUCCUCGAGUGAAGAACAGAAGAUGCAUUGACUUCUUUAGGACUAGUGCCGUCUGCGGCUCUGGGGAAACAAGCAUCCUUUGGGGAAAAUUGACUCCUCGAGAACAGUUGAACCAACUUACUAGCUACUUAGAUGCCUCUCAAGUCUACGGAUACGAAGAUGCUGUUGCUAGAGAUCUCAGAGAUUUAACAACCGAUCGCGGAUUGUUGAGAGAAGGACCAGUAUUUCCCAAAAAGAAAGCUCUUCUUCCUUAUGCUGCAGGACAGUUUGUAGAUUGCAGAAGAGAUCCUCUCGAAAGUUCGAUCAAUUGUUUCCUCACUGGUGACUUUAGAGCUAAUGAACAAGUUGGUCUGCUUGCCAUGCAUACAAUUUGGAUGAGAGAACAUAAUCGCAUUGCACGAAGACUUUAUGAAAUAAAUCCUCAUUGGAGGGGCGAGAAACUCUAUCAAGAAGCGAGGAAGAUUGUCGGUGCUGAGAUGCAGCAUAUCACCUUUAACAAUUGGAUUCCUACGGUCCUGGGAGCAAGUACUGAUGAACUUUUGAGUCCUUAUAGAGGAUAUGAUCCGAGUCUAGAUGCGACGAUAUCGAACGUUUUUGCGACUGCUGCUCUUCGAUUUGGUCAUUCUUUGAUACAACCUAGAUUAGAAAGAUUGGACGAGGAGUUUAUAUCAAUUCAUCAAGGUCCUUUGGAUCUUAGAGACGCUUUCUUCUCGCCCUGGCGUUUGGUAGAAGAAGGUGGGGUUGAUCCUCUUUUAAGAGGAAUGUUUGCAACUGCUGCAAAACUCAAAUUACCGGAGCAGAAUCUUAAUAUUGAGUUGACUGAACAGCUGUUCAGAACAGCUCAUGCUGUCGCUUUAGAUCUUGCAGCGAUGAAUAUUCAGCGUUCUAGAGAUCACGCAAUUCCUGGGUAUUUAGAAUGGAGAAAGUAUUGCAAUAUGUCUAAUGUAGAAAGCUUUGAUGAUCUUAAUGAUGAAAUCAGUAGUUUUAAGGUUCGUGAAAAAUUAAGAGAACUUUAUGGUCAUCCUGGAAAUGUAGACGUUUGGGUUGGAGGAAUUCUUGAAGAUCAGCUGCCGAAUGCAAAAGUUGGACCACUUUUCAGAUGCCUCUUGACUGAACAAUUUCAAAGAAUGAGGAACGCUGAUAGAUUCUGGUAUGAAAGUCCAUCAACUUUCAAGAAGGAACAGCUUGAUCAGAUAAAGAAAACAAGUCUGGCGAAGAUCAUUUGUGAAAAUGGAGACAAUAUUACGCGAAUUCAGAGGAAUAUUUUUCUCCUACCCAGUGAAAAUAAUCCUUUUGUCUCUUGUGAUGAAAUACCUUCGAUAGAUUUGAGGAUGUGGAACGAAUGCUGCGAAGAAUGUGAUGAUCAGACGAAUACUAUUUCGAGAUUUAGGAGAAGUACUGCUUUGAGAUAUUCGGAUAGUCAAGGUUUGAUUAAUAAGUUUAGUUUGUCACCGAAUUCCAAUCGAGAGGAAAAAAUUGAGUUUAUUCAUCAUUUGAUAGAGGAAACGGAUAAAAAGAAUAAAGAACUAAGGGUACUGAUGAACGAGGUGGCUAAUAAGAUGUCUGAAAUUAAGUCAUUGCUUAGGGAAUUAGAAGACAAGGAAUUGAAGUGAAGAAUUUCUCAAAUUGAAAAUUUCAACCUUGAAUGAGUAGGGAUCAAUUUCUUUAAAAUUUUAUUGAAUAUUCAAAAGUUUAAUGAAUAAUUUUUACUUUUUAUUACUUAAAAGUUAUUAAUAAGUUGGAAAAUCAAGUUUUUCCAGAGAUUGUACCACAAGCAUUUGAUUUAUUCUUAUUGUGCCAUUUCGUUAAGAAAUUGUAGUUUUUAAUAAA